AUGGCAAUCAUUUCUUCACCUUCCAUAACUUACAAGACAGACUUGAGUUUCUUUGCUCUUCCUUCACCAUCCAUUAUAACAUGGCAGAGACAGACAUGGAAGAAAACAUCAUCAAAGAAGAUUGUUUCUGCUGUGUCAUCCCAGAAGAACAAACGCAACCCUUCUGCAACUGGCUCAACGAAAAUUCCCAUGACUGCAACAGAGAAGAUUCUGGCAAGUGCUGCUGAGAAACGUGAAGUGACACCAGGGGAAAACGUAUGGACAAAUGUGGAUGUUUUGAUGAUCAAUGAUAUCACUUGUCCAGGUAUAACUGGAAUCUUCAAGAAAGAAUUUGGCAACACUGCAAAGGUUUGGGACCGUGAAAAGAUAGUGGUUAUCCCUGAUCACUAUAUAUUCACAAAUGAUGAACGCGCACACCGCAAUGUGGAUAUAGCAAGAGACUUUUGUGUAGAGCAAGAUAUCAAGUACUUCUAUGAUAUUCAAGAUCGCAGUAAUUUCAGGGCUAAUCCAGAUUAUAAAGGUGUCUGUCACGUUGCUCUAGCACAGGAGGGUCAUUGCAGACCAGGAGAGGUUUUGUUUGGUACUGAUUCACACACCACAUCAGCUGGAGCAUUUGGUCAGUUUGCCACAGGAGUUGGUAACACUGAUGCAGCUUUUGUAUUAGGGACUGGGAAGAUCUUACUCAAGGCAAGUGAAAAAAUAUCUUCAUUUUGUGUUAUAUAUGAAAAAUACUUAGACUUAGUUGGUGAGGGUUAA